AUGGCUUCUUUUACGCAGAAUCUUGGGGACCUCCAACCACUAGCAGUAUUUUGCGGUCAGCCUCAAUCCCACCAAUUCAUCGGAACAGUCAAAAAUCUUGGGGAUAUAUGGCGUCAGCUUGAAGAACGACCGCUGAAUAUCGAUUCGAGCUCUGUAGCAAUUGUCACCAAAUUUGGCUUACAGAUCGAACUGAAAAAUGUCUUUGACAAAGAACAAAAGACAACAGUCGAGUUAUCGAGUUUGAUAUCUCAGAUACCACCAAAGUUACUAAACGCACGUCAUUAUGAGAUCGAACCCGAAUUUCAAUCGAACUUCUUUGUCCGGAAUUUUGAAGACUUCCGGCCAGAGGAUGAUGGGGACCUUUCGAUGAACGAGGAUGAACUAGGUGAAAUUUUCCCUCGUCCGGUCUUCCGCUUUUAUGAAAAGUGGGUAGAUCAAUGGGAAAAUAACUUCAGGGAACGAUUAGUGGAGUCUGGGAACUACCACACACCAAUUUUUGAGACUGUGAACGAGGAAGUAGCCUGGAAUGUGACCGGGCUGUUACUAGCCUGGAGAAUCCUGAUGUCGCCUCAUAUUCUGAGUAUCGUCUAUCACUCGUCUACAGCGAAGAAAUACUAUUUAUUGACAGGGAAGGAAACGGAGGUCAUCUCCCAGUUUCUUCAAGACCAAGUGGCUCUCUUGGAACAGAAGCAUCCUUCGAAUCCGUAA